AUGUUUCCAUGUUUAAAAUUAAGGAAAAUCGAAGAGACUCUUCAACAAGUUUCUGAUUUUAAAAAGCCUAAAAUUAAAUUAGAACAAUACGUAACUCCUGCACAUUUGGGAUCGCAUAUGUUGUAUACUAUUCAGUCUCAAUAUGGAGAUAUAAGUGGAAAACUUGUAGCCGAUCUUGGUUGUGGCUGUGGAGGCCUUUCUAUAGGUGCUGCAAUAUUAGACGCUUCCCUUGUAAUCGGUUUUGAAAUAGACAGUGAUGCUUUAGACAUUUUUAAAGACAAUAUAACAGACCAUGAACUUGAAAAUGUGGAUGUAGUUCAGUGUGAUGUGAGAAAUCUACCAGAGAAAUUUUCUAAAAAAUUUGAUACGGUUUUAAUGAACCCGCCGUUUGGUACAAAAAAUAACGAGGGCAUUGAUAAACAGUUUUUAGAUGUGGCAUUGAAGUUGUCCAAAAAUGUUGUAUAUUCUCUUCACAAGACUACCACAAGAAAACACAUGUUAAAAUAUGCAGAAAGUCUAGGAGUUAAAGCCGAAGUUUUGGCCGAACUACACUACAAUCUUCCUUCAACCUACAAGUUCCAUAAGAAAUCUUCAGUGGACAUUGAAGUGGAUUUUUAUAAAUUCUCAGUGCAACAGACUUGUUAA